AUGGCCAUGGUUGCAGGGCUUGCACAACAACAUAAGACAGCACUCGAAGAGCAGAACUUAUACUUCGUCAUAUCUGCUGUGAACGAGGUUGAAAAUGCGCUCAGGCAUGUACCAUUUGCAUACCCACUGUUCGACCCAAAUCUGGAUACCGAGGCUCUGGACGUCGCCAGGGAUCGUUAUCACUACAGUGAAGCUUGGCGAAACGCAUUUUUACUCUACAUCGAAAGAGUCUUUCGCUGGAGACGGGGAGGGGCUGCUCCCGUUAGCGCGAAAUACAUCGCGCGAAGUAUCAUGGAGCAUGCUCGUUGCAUCAGGAAGGAAAAUACUUAUCAAAAGCAGAUAUUGUUCUCCAUAUUCCUUGCAGGGGCCGAGGUGGAACGAGAAGAGGAUAGAGACUUCUGCGGGCGUAUUGCUCAUGGUGGACUCGCAUGUGCGGCUCUAAGAUGUUCAUUGAUGCUUGUUCGUUUUGUGAAGAGAUCUGGUCAAUGGCUGAUGACCCAAAUUCCGAUGGGAUAUGGUGGGGGACCAUUAUCGAUAGGCGUUGUUCCCAGCCAGGUCUUCCCUGCGACCUCAGGUCCUACUUGGGUGAUUCGAUUUGCUCUGCUAAGCUUUCUUGUACUUUAUUUGGAACCGGGUAUGGCUGCAGUAAAGAGACAUUGCAUUCGGUAA